AUUUUAAUGCUUUGAGUAUCAAAAAAAAGCUAGGUUUAGCGGCACUUUCAUCAUUACAAAAUCAUGCAAUAUUGGCGUUUCCUGGCCCCCACAAAGGACAUAUUAAAAUUGUAGAUUUAAAUAACUUACGUACUUCCACAGUCGUAACAUCAAGUCCGUCCUCGCCAUCAUUACCAUCUCAUGGGCAUUCAUUUUCUUCAUCUUCGUUAGAAGAAAUUAAUCUUAAUGACAAGAAUGAUAAUCUGCAGCCAACAAAUGUAAAAGGAUCAAAUAACGGAAAUUAUUAUAAAGAAGUUAUACCAAAUGGAAAUAGUGGAAAUCGACAGUCAAGUAUAAUCGCCCGGAUCUCUGAUAUGCCAUUUGAGACCAGGAUCUUUACAUUUUCUUUAUUUGAUAUAGGCCGAAGAUGA